GACGAUACCGGUGCGCGCCGGGUAGUGUGUGGUGUGGUGUGGUGUUUUACCCUUGCCGCGGUCUCUCCUUCACUCCCGGUACAGGAUUCAGCAGCGCGCGGGGCAGAGUCAUGGCGGAUUUCAGCGGGUUUGAUAUGCCGGACUCCGGUUCCGCGGAGAAAGCCGAGGCGGCGGAGCUGCAGAGGAUGCUCGCGGUGGAGCAACAGAAAGCCCAGUUCCAGGCUCAGGUGCAUAACUUCACAGACGUGUGCUGGGACAAAUGCAUGGAUAAGCCCAGCUCCAAGCUGGACUCUCGGACGGAGGCGUGUCUGGUGAGCUGUGUGGAGCGCUUCAUCGACACCACCCUGGCCAUCACCAACCGCUUCUCACAGAUGGUCCAGAAGGGCACACAUUGACCCACCUGAGGAGGGACUGUUUAGAGGAGGCAUGUCUGUUCAUCUGUUUACCCUUUACCUCGAAGGGAGGCUGAAUCUCAAAUUUGCUCCAUGCUCCCUGAAUAGUGCUCUUGAUUAUAGGCUGCUGAUUCUACAUCAUGCACUGAAACUGCAGUAGGGAUCUGUUUGGGAUUCAGACUCUUUGUUUGCUGUUGGUCAUCAUGUGAUGGAAGAAGUCUGAUGUUCUACCUGGGUUCUACAUGUUGAUCACCCGAUGUUUUUCUCCUCUUGUUUCCUUUAAUCACGUCUGAUGUCCCAGGCAGGACACAUAGGGGACGGUUCCCAACAGACCCUGCAAUAGUAGUGAAAUAUCUGUGUUAUAAGGAUACUCAAGGAUGCCCUUGUUAUAAUGUAUAAUGUAAAGCAGGCAAGUUAUCCUGCAGAACACUCUAGGAUGAAAAAUUGUUAUAAAACUAUAAGAUUAAAUAAUGAUAAGUAUAAAACAUGUGGAACGACUAGUUAUACAUGUUUAAUAAUAAACUGUUGAGUUAAA